GCCACCCCUGGCAACCCCUUCGUGUAGAGCCCUGCUCUCCCUGGCUAACUCUGCUCCUGCUGACACUAUCCCCUUGGGGAUUACCUCGGCUUGAGUAAGCUGUAGCAGCCUGGGGAAGGGCAGCACUGUGCUUGAAGCAGGAUCUCACCGGUGAACCUCCUUCUGUUUGUGCCUCCACCUCCCACUUCUGCCCAGCACGAUAAGAGCCAGCCUGGUAUCAUGGACGAGUAUGUGCAGCAGCACCGUGUCUACCUUCCGAGGUCGGAGAGGACAAUGUCUGAGAAGAUCAAGAAGGCGCUCACAACUCACUGCAGCACCGUGAGGCAGCUGCUGGCAGAAGCACUGGGAACGUACAUCCUCAUGGUUUUUGGCUUGUCCUCUGUGGCACAAGUGGUAUUAGGAAAAGGAAACACUGGUCAGUAUCUGAGCAUCAAUAUGGCAUUUGGCAUUGGUGUUACUCUGGGAAUCCAUGCAGCUGGAGGAGUAUCUGGAGGUCAUCUGAAUGCUGCUAUCACCAUUAUGGAGUUCAUUUUAGGAAACCUCAACUGGAAGAAGCUCAUAGCUUAUCUGAUCGGCCAGUUCCUGGGCUCCUUUAUGGCAGCAGCCACCGUCUUUGGCAUCUACUAUGAUGCUCUGUACGACUACACCAAAGGGAACUUCACAGUGACAGGACCAAUUGCCACUGCAGGGAUCUUCGCCACGUACCCUGCUCCCAAUGUAUCCUUGCUGGGAGCCUUCUUUACAGAGUUCACAGCGACAGUUAUGCUGGUCCUGGGCGUUCAGGUCAUCCACGAUGAGAAAAACAAUGCAGCCCUGAAAGGCACUCAGGCCCUGAUCACCGGUAUCCUGGUCCUGGGCAUCGGCCUGGGAAUGGGGAUGAACACAGGAUAUGCCAUAAACCCUUCCCGGGACCUGCCCCCCAGGAUCUUCACAGCAAUUGCUGGCUGGGGAACAGAGGUCUUCACGGCUGGACGUAACUGGUGGUGGGUCCCAGUCACAGCUCCAGUUCUGGGAAGUCUUAUUGGUGUUUUAAUCUACAAACUCUUCAUUGACUUUCACAACCAACCUGAUGAGGAUAUUGAAAAUAAGAAAGAACAGAGAGGUGUGGAGACUUCCAAGCUGUGACGGCCACGUGCUUCGAUGACACAUAGGAGGAGCGCACGGUUUGUCCAACAUGCAGAUGAGGGACUAGUCUUCAGUAAACUCACUCUGCUUAACAAGACAAA